UUCUCUCCCUCUCAGGAAAUUCUUCUUCUGCUGAGAUCUGAAGAUGAGAGAUGUUCACCACAUAGUGCUGUUCCUGCUUGUGAUUCAGGACUCGGUGAAUGGUCAAUUCCUUGUUGUUGGACCUGAUGAACCUAUUGAAGCCACUGUGGGUGAAGAUGCUGUGUUGGAAUGUCAGCUUCUGCCAGCUAUAUCUGCCAGCAACAUGUUGGUGCAGUGGUUUAAAUCUGGCCUUGAUUCCCCAGUUCACGUGUACAGCCAUGGGGAAGAUGAUGCUGCUGCUCAGCACAGGAAAUACAGAGGGAGGACCGAACUGUUGAAAAAUGAACUCACCAAAGGAGCCAUAUCUCUUCAAAUAAAGAACACAACAAUUUUUGAUGGAGGGAAAUACAGGUGUUUAAUUGAUAGCGGAACCUACUCUGAAGAAACUGCAGUCAGACUGAAUGUCAUAGGUGUGUACAGAUCAGUAACAUUUCCGUCUUUUCAAAGCCCAGUUUAA